AUGGAUAAGCUGAGAUUUUGUGACGAGUUAGUCACCACUGAAGAGCAAAAGAUAUACUACUAUUACAACAUGCUGAGUGCUGAAUACCGGGAGUUUAUGACUCCCUCAAAAUAUGAAACUCUCACAGAAAUCAUCAACACCGUCCGGGAGCGGGAAAUUGAGUUAAAGAAACAAGUUGAAAGGGGUGAGCGAAGGGCGCAGGAUGUAAAUCCAAGCCCUACGAAAAAGGCACGCACGACUGACUCAUUGAAGAAGCAAGAGGGAAAGAGUAGUACGCCAAGUUGUAAAGUAUGUGGGAAAGGGCACAAGGGUGAGUGCCGGUUUAAGGACAAGCUGUGUCCUAUAUGUGGGAAGACCAGGCACACGGCUGCGUUAUGCCCGGGGAAAGUGUCGGUGUGUUACAAAUGUUAUCAGCCUGGUCACAAGAAAUCUGAGUGCCCGGAUUUGAUCGGAAAGAAAGAUGACAAGAACACACCUACGGAGACACCAAAAGCAAAAGCAAGAUCUUUCCAGCUAACAACAGUGGAGGCGAAAACGGAGCCCGAUGUGGUCUCAGAGGUAGAAAUAGGUGAUAACAAAAGUUUCCUUGUGUGUGAUAUAUGUCGAGAUUGCAAGAUAAGCAUUGAAAAAGAGGAAUAUCCAAUAGACUUGAUUCCUAUGUCAAUGGGAGAAUUCCAAGUAGUGGUCGGGAUGGAUUGGCUAUCCCGACACCAUGCGAAAGUCGUAUGUUUCCGCAAGGAGAUUAAAUUAACAUCUCCAAGUGGGAAAUCGGUUACCAUACAUGGUGAGAAAGAGGGUAAACCCGUUAUGUGCUCAAUGAUAAAAGCUUACAAGCUCAUGAGGCACAGUUGUAGGGCAUUCAUGAUAUACGUAAACGAACCAGACAAAGGAUCACUAAGGAUUGAAGACGUACCGGUGGUGCGCGAAUAUGCCGGCGUGUUUCCAGAAGAUCUACCGGGAAUACCGCCAAAACGGGAGGUAGAGUUCAGAAUCGAAUUGAUUCCAGGCACGAAACCCGUGGCUAAGGCACCGUAUCAGCUUGCACCUUCAGAAUUGCAAGAAUUAAUGUCACAAAUUCAAAUUGAAGCAAUUAAGGAGGAGAAUUGGAAAAAAGAAAGAAUAAUCGGCCAGUUGAAAGAUUUGUCGGAUGGGAAUAAUGGGUUGAAGACUCGAUCCGGGAGGAUAUGGGUACCAAAUACUUGUGGGGUGAAGACGCUUCUACUUGAUAAAGCUCAUAAAUCCCGAUAUUCAAUUCAUCCGGGUGCGACCAAGAUGUACAAUGAUCUGAAACAAAACUGCCCGGGAUGA